AUGCCUGUGACGCUCGUCCUAGGCUCCCAAUGGGGCGAUGAGGGCAAAGGCAAGCUCGUCGACAUCUUGGCAUCCUCGGCGCAAAUGGUAGCUCGCGCCGCCGGCGGCAACAACGCGGGCCACACCAUUGUGGUCAACGACGUCACCUACGACUUCCACAUCCUGCCCUCCGGCCUGAUCAACCCCUCCUGCCAACUUAACCUGAUCGGAACCGGCUGCGUCGUCCACAUUCCCAGCUUCUUCAAGGAACUCGGCGCUCUCGAAGCCAAGGGCCUUCAAGGCGUUCGCGACCGCAUCCUCAUCUCCGACCGAGCCCAAGUCUGCUUCGACCUACACGGCGUUGUUGAUGGCAUCGCAGAAGACUCGCGCAAGAACAUCGAGGGUGGCAAAGGAGUCAUCGGCACCACACGCAAGGGCAUCGGUCCAUGCUACAGCGACAAGGUGGCCCGCCGCGGCGUUACAUUCUGGAUGCUCGUGAAUGAGGAGCAGAGAUGGGAGCGGCGCCUGCGUGAUCUGGAUGCCAGCUACCGCAAGCUCUACGGCGAUGCCGCCCUAGAAGGCUACAACGUCGAGGAAGAAAUUAAGAAACUACAGGGCUUCCGUGACGAGCUACAACGCUACGUCGUCGACCAGACACCUCUCCUCGCCCAGGCUGUUGGCACCAAGAGUAUCGUCACAGCGACUGCCAACGGCAACCCUCAAUCUCCCAACAUCCUCAUCGAAGGCGCCAACGCCCUGCUACUCGACAUCGACCACGGCACCUACCCGUACGUAACCUCCAGCAACACUGGCCUCGGCGGUGUCUUCACUGGCCUAGCAGGCCUCAGCCCACAAGCCCUUGCAGCCCCCGGUUCCAACAUCGUCGGGGUCGUGAAGGCAUACACCACCCGCGUCGGCUCUGGCCCAUUCCCAACGGAACUCAACGCCGCCAUUUCCCCGGUGGACGCAGAAUACGGCGAACGAUUGCAACGCAUCGGCCGCGAGUUCGGGGUCACGACGGGCCGCAAGCGACGCUGCGGCUGGUUCGACCUCGUGCUUGUACGCUACUCAUCGGCUGUGAACUGCUACACGCAGCUGAACAUCACAAAGCUCGACGUGCUCGAUGACUUCGAGGAGAUCCGCGUCGCCACGGGAUACCGAGUCAACGGCGAGCUCCUGCCCAGUUUCCCCGCAGAUCUGGAUGCCAUGGACAAGAUCCAGAUCGAGUAUAAGACUUUCCCGGGCUGGCGGACACAGACGACUGGAGUGAAGAAGUUCGAGGACCUUCCCCCGCAGGCGAGGGAGUACGUCGAGUACAUUGAGCGCGAAGUCGGUGUGCCCGUCAAGUGGAUUGGCACGGGUCCCAGGAGAGACGAUAUGAUUGUCAGAUGA